CCCGCUCCCCCGCCGCCGUGACGGCCCCGUCCCCAUCCCCACACGGACCCCGGUGCCCGCUCCCCUCGUCGCGGCGCUGCUGGCCGAACGGCCACCGCCACAUCCGGGUGCCGGCCCUUUGGAAGCGCAUGCGCGGCUACUGCGAGCCCUGGCACCGCUCCUCCUUCUCCUCCUGCUGCUGCUGCUGCCGCUGCCGCCGCCCCCCCGGGGCGCUGCGCUUCCGCGUUGUCAGCCGCCGGGCCCCGAUGAGGAGCGCCGCUGCGCUGCCGGACUAGCGCGUCGCCCUCCCGCGGGGGCUCGUCUGCCGCCGGCGGGGCGGGCGGCGGCGCUCCCCGCUCGGGUCUGCCUCGGCGCCGCCGCGAGCCAUGAGGAAAUUUAACAUCAGGAAGGUGCUGGACGGCCUGACGGCGGUCUCCUCCGCCGCCUCGGCGUCGUCCGCCGCGCAGCAGCAGCAGGCGGGCAACCGGGAGAGCGAAAUCCAGGAGACGCUCCAGUCCGAGCACUUCCAGCUCUGCAAGACUGUGCGCCAUGGUUUCCCCUAUCAACCUUCAGCCCUGGCAUUUGAUCCUGUUCAGAAAAUACUGGCCAUCGGGACUCAGACUGGAGCAUUAAGGCUCUUCGGUCGGCCAGGAGUGGAAUGUUACUGCCAGCAUGACAGUGGAGCUGCAGUAAUCCAGCUUCAGUUUCUGAUUAACGAGGGAGCUCUUGUGAGUGCCUUGGCUGAUGAUACCUUACACUUGUGGAACUUACGUCAAAAGAGACCUGCUAUACUUCAUUCACUCAAGUUUAACCGAGAACGGAUAACAUUUUGUCAUCUACCUUUCCAAAGUAAAUGGCUAUAUGUGGGCACCGAAAGAGGAAACAUUCACAUUGUCAAUGUGGAAUCAUUUACCCUCUCAGGCUAUGUCAUCAUGUGGAAUAAAGCCAUUGAACUGUCGUCCAAAUCUCACCCAGGACCUAUUGUCCACAUCAGUGACAAUCCAAUGGAUGAAGGCAAGCUCCUGAUUGGUUUUGAGUCUGGAACAGUGGUAUUGUGGGAUCUGAAGUCAAAGAAGGCAGAUUACAGAUACUCACACGAUGAGGCUAUCCACUCUGUGGCUUGGCAUCAUGAAGGAAAACAAUUUAUUUGUAGUCACUCAGAUGGUACCUUGACCAUAUGGAAUGUAAAAUCUCCUACCAAACCAUUCCAGACAAUCACUCCACAUGGAAAGCAGCUGAAGGAUGGAAAGAAGCCAGAACCCUGCAAACCUAUCCUUAAAGUGGAAUAUAAAACAACUAGAGCUGGGGAACCUUUCAUCAUUCUCUCAGGAGGCUUGUCAUAUGACACUGUAGGAAGAAGACCCUGUUUAACAGUUAUGCAUGGGAAAAGUACUGCCGUGCUAGAAAUGGAUUACUCUAUUGUUGAUUUUCUAACCCUCUGUGAAACGCCGUAUCCUAAUGACUUUCAGGAGCCAUAUGCUGUAGUCGUUCUUUUAGAAAAGGACUUAGUGCUGAUUGACCUUGCACAAAAUGGGUACCCUAUAUUUGAGAAUCCUUAUCCUUUGACAAUACAUGAGUCUCCAGUUACUUGUUGUGAAUAUUUUGCUGAUUGUCCUGUGGACCUCAUACCUGCACUCUAUUCAGUUGGCGCUCGACAGAAACGUCAAGGUUACAGUAAGAAGGAAUGGCCUAUCAGUGGAGGCAACUGGGGUUUGAUUACUCAGAGCUAUCCAGAGAUAAUAAUUACGGGGCAUGCUGAUGGGUCAAUCAAGUUUUGGGAUGCCUCAGCAAUAACUCUGCAAGUACUCUAUAAGCUCAAAACAGCUAAAGUAUUUGAAAAAUCGCGGAAUAAGGAUGACAGGCCAAACACGGAUAUAGUAGAUGAAGAUCCGUAUGCUAUUCAGAUCAUCUCAUGGUGUCCAGAAAGUAGAAUGCUGUGCAUAGCUGGAGUUUCUGCACAUGUCAUUAUUUACAGGUUCAGCAAGCAGGAAGUGACAACAGAAGUCAUUCCGAUGCUGGAAGUACGUCUGUUGUAUGAAAUAAAUGAUAUUGAAUCUCCAGAUGGUGAGCAGGUGCCACCUCUACCAACUCCUGGCACAGGUUCCAAUCCUCAAUCCAUUGUUCCCCAGUCUCAUCCAUCAACUAGUAGUAGUUCAUCUGAUGGACUUCGUGAUAAUGUCCCAUGUUUAAAAGUUAAAAAUUCUCCUCUUAAGCAGUCUCCAGGUUACCAAAUUGAGCUAGUUAUCCAACUAGUGUGGGUGAGUGGAGAACCUCCUCAGCAGAUAACCAGCUUAGCAGUCAAUUCAGCAUACGGCCUAGUAGUUUUUGGAAACUGUAAUGGUAUUGCCAUGGUUGAUUACCUGCAGAAGACAGUGCUCUUGAAUCUUGGCACUAUUGAACUGUAUGGCUCCAAUGAUCCUUAUCGUAGGGAGCCGCGAUCUCCCCGAAAAACUCGGCAGCCAUCUGGGGCAGGUCUUUGUGAUAUUAAUGAAGGUACAAUGGUGCCAGAAGAUCGCUGCAAAUCACCUACUUCAGCAAAGAUGUCCAGGAAGCUAAGUUUGCCAACUGAGUUAAAGCCUGAUUUAGAUGUCAAAGACAACUCUUUCAGUCGAUCCAGGAGUUCUAGUGUAACUAGCAUUGAUAAAGAGUCACGCGAGGCAAUUUCAGCUCUUCAUUUUUGUGAGACUUUCACAAGAAAAGCUGAUACAUCACCUUCCCCGUGCCUGUGGGUUGGGACCACCCUGGGUACAGUGCUUGUCAUUGUACUGAACCUACCCCCAGGAGGAGAACAAAGACUUCUUCAGCCAGUAAUUGUUUCUCCUAGUGGAACCAUCCUGAGGCUAAAAGGGGCAAUCUUGAGAAUGGCUUUUCUGGAUACCACAGGAUCUUUAGUCUCACCAGCACAUGAACCCUGGAGAGAACACAAUGUUCCUGAAGAUAAAGAUGAAAAAGAUAAAUUGAAAAAGCGACGACCUGUUUCAGUGUCCCCCUCUUCCUCUCAGGAAAUCAGUGAAAACCAAUAUGCAGUGAUAUGUUCUGAAAAGCAAGCAAAAGUUAUCUCACUGCCAUCCCAGAACUGUAUUUAUAAGCAAAACAUAACAGAGACUUCUUUUGUUCUUCGUGGAGAUAUAGUGUCAUUGAGUAACAGUAUCUGCCUUGCAUGUUUCUGUGCCAAUGGACAUAUUAUGACUUUUAGUUUGCCAAGUUUAAGGCCACUGUUGGAUGUGUAUUACCUGCCACUCACCAAUAUGCGAAUAGCCAGGACAUUCUGCUUCACCAAUAACGGACAAGCACUCUAUCUUGUCUCACCAACUGAAAUACAGAGGCUCACCUACAGUCAAGAAACAUGUGAAAAUCUCCAGGAAAUGUUGGGUGAGCUCUUCACUCCUGUAGAAACACCAGAAGCACCAAAUAGGGGUUUCUUUAAAGGCCUGUUCGGAGGUGGGGCACAGUCACUUGACAGAGAAGAACUAUUUGGAGAAUCAGCGUCUGGAAAGGCAUCAAGAAGUCUUGCCCAGCAUAUUCCAGGGCCUGGGGGUAUUGAAGGUGUCAAAGGAGCAGCAUCUGGUGUAGUUGGUGAACUAGCACGAGCCCGGUUGGCACUAGAUGAACGAGGACAGAAGCUGGGAGAACUGGAAGAAAAAACUGCAGCUAUGCUUUACAGUGCCGAUUCUUUCUCUAAACAUGCUCAUGAGAUGAUGUUGAAGUACAAAGACAAGAAGUGGUACCAAUUCUGAUGAUGCUCAUCAAUUACACCCGUUUAAUUUUGUCCUGAUGAAAAUCGUGUUUUUCAUUAAUUUUGGCAAGAACAUUGAAAUUUAAAGAAGUAUUCAGCAUUGGAUACUGUUGUUUUCUAGCACAAAUCACACACUGUUUUACCUCAGUCGUGGCUUUAACUGAGGAGCUUUAUAUUUAAGAGAAACGUAAGAAGAAAGAAACCUUGAGUGUUUCUUAGCUGUUGGUUAGCUGAGAGUUGGAGAACAGAAGCAGGUAACUGGAAUAUGUGGAAAAGGGUUAAAGGAAGUAGUGUGAUGGGCAGGGGCAAUGCAGGGUCAAUCCUGUGUUAAUAUUUCAUAUGCCAAAAGUUCUUGUGCUGUUGUACUUGCUGCCAGUGUUAUACCCUCCUGUGAGGAGAGGCAAUAAAUCAGGGGUCCGAGAGCUGGAAUAAAGUUGUUUGUCUUGCUGGACAGUAGCUGACUUACACUUACCCUCUCUAGGACUCGCUAUAUUUACCAUUAUUGUUGAAGAAGAGUGGAAGCUUGCUGUCAUUUCUUUCAUCAGAAAAGCUGGAAGCUUGGAAAAUUUCAUGUUGAAAAUUGUAUACAUAGUUGACCUGUGCAUAGUCUUUCCUUGGACCCCGAUCUAGUAUUGUAUUCACAUCAUAUUCUGUGAAGUGCAAAACAAGAGAAUACACAAUUUUUGCAUUAAAAGAAGUCAAGUGAAUAAUAUGACUGGAAUGUGUCAUGCUGGGAGUUUUCAUUUGUGUUAUGGAUGUGCAAUGUGAAAUGUGGUAACAUCUUCAUUGUGGUAAGAAUACUUCAACUUCUGUUUAGUUAAAUAUUACUUUUUGCCAAAAACAAUUAUUGGUUCAGUUUGUAUAACAUUUAGAACUGGCUGUGGGUUCCAUUCAUGCUGUGAAUUUUUAUAAAAGUUUAACAAUGUAUCUUUACAGCCACUAUUUAAAAUAGCUGAGAUAGUUUCGCUUAAAACUUAUGUUCUAGAUGCCCCUCUAGUCAUUUACUCUGAAAUCAAAUAAUCUCGUACUCAGGUUUUCAAACAGUUUUACACUCCAUGGAGGUGCUGAUGCAUGAAUAAUGACAAGCAUCUGAUAUUUAAUAAUUGUCAGGAUAUUGUUUAGCAAAUUUCUAAACCCUGCUAGUAGAACUAUUUUACAAGUACCUAUCUCAGCCCCACAAAGUGUUAAAGGCAGCUUGCCUAAAGUUCAGAUUUAAUCUGUAAAGCAGUGUUUUCAAUAUUGUGGGCAAUGUUAAGUGUCCACUAAAACUCAGUGAAAUGAUAUUCAAGUUGGGUAAGGUAAAUAAUUUAGCUGAGCUUACUUGUUAAUGGCUGCUGCGCUAAAGCUGUAAUAGUGGGGAUGACCAGGGGUCUUUUAAAAUAAAUGUUUGCAUUUCAAAAAUGAAUUUGGCCUUUGUUUUCCUCAAAAAGGCAGGAAUAGUUACUGUCUGGUUUUGUUUUGUAAAAGGGAAUACUUAGAAGCUGAUAGGUGAUGUCUUUCAAUAUUGUCAGAAAUUAAUUAUUUGGGUCUGCUUGUCCAAGCACUGCAUUUUGUGUGUGUUUUUCACACGCUUUCCAAAUGUUCUGAAGCAAAACCUGGGUUAUAUCUGUAUUGUGAAGUGAUGUUGCAGGUACAUAGAUAUGUGAACCUUAAAAUACAUAUAAAAAGAUGCCAAAUAGUAAAGUUAAUGAUGGUUCUUAAUUCUUUUUUUUUAAUUUGUCACUCAUCCCAGUAAAUGUGCUUGGGAUUUGUAGCACAAAUCGAUAAGUUUUCUGAUUUUAUCUAUAGUUACAUUUAAAGACAAGUAAUUUUUUGUUGCCAGUAUGAAGGCAUACCAUACCUUGUCAACUAUAUGAACAUCACAAUUUGAACAUGUGGCACUGUUUUCUUGAUGUCUCUGUACCAUAUCUAUUGAGGCAACGUUAACUCAGCUUGCCACACAUUUUGUCUCUGCCUAUUAAUCUAUUUUUUUAGUGUCCAACUAAUGCAUAUUUAAAUCAAUACCAUUUUGUUUAAAGUCCAGGUAGAAGAGAACUAGAUAAACUCUGGUCAUACCAUUUACAAAAAUAUAACACCCUACCUGACAUUCGUGCCCGUCCUUUUCUCAUGUUCAUAAAUGGAGAUGACUGAUUAUUAUUUAACUUGUUGAAGAUGAACUGUGUUUCAGAACAACAGAAUCAUCCUGGAAAAUUAGUCUGGUUAGUCUCUGGGAGAGAGGAUGGCAAAAAUACUCUUCAGCAAAUUGUGGUAUCAGUUCAAUGGAAGAUGACCUUGGCUUGAAAGAAAAGCAUAUUAAACUUUUUCCCAUCGGGAAACAUUUGAUGACCACCAGCAAGCAAAAAAUGAGGCAAUGAGAGACAACGUGCCAGUACAAGGAGAGCAGUGGUUUAUUUGGUAUUAUAGAAUGUAUCAUAGUUGAAUCUUUUGUUGCACAUGUUCAGAGCAUGUUUCUAGAUUUGAAAACUAAUGAAAUGAUUGCUCAGAAGAUGAAUAUGAAAAAUGGUUCUUGGUCAAUAACAGGGGCUAUGUACAAUCUCAGUGUAAGAUGUUCCUUAUUCCUUCUCUGUGGAAGGAAGUUGAUCAUAUACUUGUAUCUUCUGCUAUUUGUGGUGCACCUUUUGUACAGCAAACUACAUUGAAAUCCUUGGGGGAAAACACCCCUGUGGUUGUUUUUUUUUUUUUUUUUGCUAGCAUUUUAGUUGUGUGAAACUUUUUUAGAGUGUCUGGAAAAUUAUAAAAUACAAUUGAGCAUUAGUUUUUUAUUUUUUUGAUGGAAGUGUAAGAAACUGCUGCUACCUAUCUGUUUAUAUGUAGUGUGUCUCAUUAGGAACUGUAAACUGAAGAAGCUUUUCUUCACCUUAGUCCUGCCAAAUUGUAACUUCUGAAUGUUGAUAUGUGUAAAUAUGCGUGUAUUCCAAAUAAGUCUGAAAGUGUUACACCACAGGCAUCUCCAGUGAUUUGUUUUUUGGCAAAAAAAAAAAAAGUUAUAAAAUAUAGUAAUAUAUAGCUGUGUUCUUUGUCUUUAUACAAAGAUUUUUGCCUGAGGUGGUACUUACACGACAGGUGAUGUUAGAAAGCUACAUCCAAAGGAGGAUUUUUGGAAGCAAGUUCACUUCCUUUUUUCCUUUUUGUUUUCCUUUCUUCUUUUUCUUUUUUUUCCUUAAUUAAUAGCACUGAUCCUACCUGAACUUUUAAACUUGAAUUUUUCCUGCACUUUAAUUCAAUCAUGAUACUUUAUUCCUUAAUUUUGUUUGGACAUUUGUGCAGUUCAGGUUCAUUAUUUGUAUAUAAGCACACACAUUCAGUGAAGAGUUUAGAGCAGGUUACUUUGGGGCACAUUUGCUAAUUGUGACUAUAAUUCAGAAUGUGUGUUUUCUUAGCAAAAUAUGUAUAUACAAGUAUAUACAAUGUAGAAUCUAAUGAAAGGCACUUAUCCUGUGUCAGCAUUCAGUUUAUAAAUUACUGCAACACUUUCAGAUAUGUUACUAGGUAAUACAACAAACUGUUAUAUUUAUACAUACUGCUUAAGAAUAUACUUUUAAUUUUAAAUAAUUUUUAUAUGUACACUUCUACCUUUAAUUUUAAAGACUUAUGUUCAAUUUUUAAGUCAAAGUACUUAAAGUAUGUAUAUUAUCCAUAGAAGAAGUUGUUUUAAGCUUAUGAAUACAUUCAUAUCUCAUAUCGAGAUGAUACAAUUACUAAGCAAUGAAAACAAACAGCCCAUUUUGCUUUGCAGAAAAUAAUUAUACUUUUACCUCCCAUUUUGAACAUUCUUUAAAAAAAUUCCCUAAGUAUGAAGAGGGAAGAUAGUGCAUUCAAAAAACUAAUGUACCGUAGAAGUUUUCUCAAUAGCUGCAGUCAAUGGCUGACUUGCUUUCUAUGAUUUUUUUUGAGUAUUCACAUGAAAGAAUUUUCAGCUAUAUUCCUUGGACUCUUAAAAUUCCCAAAAACUGAAAUGAGGUUUGUCCAACACAGAUUUUCUUUGACUAAUGUACAAGUCUUCAUUAUACAUCAGCUCUUUACAUGUAAAUCAAUUCUUUUGUAUACCAAAUGUGUGUUGAAAAACCUAUAGCCUGUGACUGAAGAAGUACCCUCCUCCCCUUUCUCAUCAUGCUUUCACAUAACUGGUGGAUACUGAUGGUGGCUGAAGUUCUGCAUGUGGUGGGGAAGGAGUGCAAGGACUUGCCUCCCUCUACAAGUUGCAAGGUAACUUGUCAGUGGAACUUUUACCUUCGUUCUGGCCAAUUUCUUGUAUAAUGUGAUUCUUUCUGAGUAGAUGUUGACAGCUGUGCUACUACCACAAAAUCUUCACUUUGUAGACAAAAACAAAUGAUGUUUGAGGGGAAGAAGUGAAUCAACAAAUGCGUAGUUUAGGAGAAUCAGGUAUACUGGUGUUAUUUCAGUUUUCAUUGAAAAGCUAAUUUAAGCUGGGCCAGUUUCUCUCUCUUAUGUAUGUUAUAAAAAUGUGCUGUCUAUCAUCUAUUUUAUUACUGUUCCAAGCCAGAUGAGCGUGCUGCAUUUCUGGGUUCUUUUAUUCUUUAUAAAGUUCAGGCUUAAAGACGUGGGUGUUGGUAAAGAAGAAACAAGACGGAAACAUAGAACAAUCAAAUGAAAGCUGUCAAUUGGCAUUCCUUUUAGUUUUUCAUAGUAAGCACCUCAAAAUGUUUGUCAUACAGCCGUAGGUUUCUUUGACACUUGCAUUUGUUUUUAUUAGUACCUAAGUUACAUAUUACAGGCAAAUAAUAACUAGAAGUUAAGCUGUUUCAGUUGAAAACAUGUAAGGAGUUGUAUGUGGAUUACUACUACCAUUCAGUGAUGCAAAGAGUGGGGUGGGAACAUGUUUUAAAUAUUCCCUUUUAAAAAAGAACUGUAAAUAAGCAGUAAUAUGUUAUUUUAGACCUGAGCUCUGCUAUCUGUAGUGAUUAGAACUAGGAAAACAUGCUGCUUUCUAGUUAUGCUACUGUUUCAGUGUACCAGCACCAUGGGCUGGGAGGGAAAUCAGUAAAUUUUUGUAACAUUGCCCACUUGUGGGUAAGCAUGCUUGAUGUGUAGCAGUUCUUGUUUAUGUGUAACUUAGUGUGUACAUGUGUGUUUUUUCUUUUUGUUCAUUGCAACUUAUUUUCAGUUAAGUCUUGCUGAGCCCCACUAGUUCUUCUGAGGGUGAUUACUGGAAUAUGCAUUUUAGGUAGGGUUGCAAAUCCAUCUGUCUACAAAUAUAGUUUCAUAUGAACUGCAAAUUGUACUGUUACAAACAACUAUGUUAGAUUGCAUAGAGUUAUUUUACUUACAUGUACUUGAACUGAACUAUGUCAUCAUAACAAAGUAAAAAAAAAAUUAAGUAUGGAAUAUUUUUGUAAAUAAAAAUACCUGUGCAGCUGAUAUUUUAAAUUUAAAAUGUAUUAUAUGUUAAUGUUUCAGAAAAAAAUGUUCAUAUAUGUGUAUAUGAAUGUGUCAUUAUGCUGAAGGGCUCUGAUUGGGCAAAAUAAACUAUUCAAAUC